AUGGCUCCCAAGAAGAAGAUUGCCGUAAUGACCUCCGGCGGCGACUCCCCAGGCAUGAACGGUGUGGUGCGCGCCGUGGUCCGCAUGGCCAUCCACCUGGGAUGCGACGCCUAUGCUGUCUAUGAGGGCUACGAGGGUUUAGUCUGCGGUGGCGACUACAUCAAGAAGAUGGGAUGGGACGACCGCGCUGGCCGCUUGACGGCCGCCAAGAACAUGGUUCUUAGCGGCAUCGACGCCCUCAUCAUCUGCGGCGGAGAUGGCUCCCUGACUGGCGCCGACAAGUUUCGAUCCGAAUGGCCCUCCCUGCUCGAAGAGCUCGUCACCAAAGGUGAAGUGUCGGAGGACCAAACCGCCCUCUACAAGCACCUAAAUAUCGUUGGCAUCGUCGGCUCCAUCGACAACGAUCUCUCUGGCACCGAUGCCACCAUCGGCUGCUACUCGGCCCUCUCCCGAAUCUGCGAAAUGGUUGACUACAUCGAAGCCACUGCCUCUUCUCACUCACGAGCAUUCGUCAUUGAGGUCAUGGGCCGCCACUGCGGCUGGCUGGCUCUUCUCGCUGGCGUGGCCACCGGCGCCGACUUUGUCUUCAUUCCCGAACGCCCCCAGGAUCACGACUGGCGCCAGGCCAUGUCUGUUGUUGUCCGCAGACACCGUAAAAUUGGCAAGCGGAAAACGAUUGUCAUUGUUGCCGAGGGCGCUCGUGACAGGGACGGAAACAAGAUCUCGUCCGAAGAGAUCAGGGACCUGCUGUCUGGAAAGAGCGAGGGCGGACUCGGCCUGGAUACGCGCAUCACGACUCUGGGCCACGUACAGCGUGGUGGGACGGCUGUCGCCUACGAUCGCAUGCUCGCCACCCUUCAGGGCGUUGAGGCCGUCAAUGCUGUUCUCGAGGCCACACCCGAAACCGAAACUUGCUUCAUCGCCAUCAACGAAAACAAGAUUGUGCGAAAGCCGCUGAUGAAGGCGGUACUCGAGUCCAAGGAGCUCGCUGCUGCGGUCGAGGCUAAGGACUUCGAAAAGGCCAUGGCACUCCGGGAUACCGAGUUCGCGGACCAGUACAGGUCGUUCCUCACGACUACCAAUGUCUUUGCGGGAGACUGCAAGUUGCCGGAGAAAAGCCGCAUGAAGAUAGGCUUCAUCAAUGUCGGCGCCCCCGCCGGUGGUAUGAACGCCGCGGUGCGCGCCGCGGUGGCCUAUUGCCUUAGCCGGGGACACCAGCCCGUUGCGAUUCACAAUGGCUUUGCUGGCUUCGCGCGCCAUCACGACGACAAGCCCGUCGGGUCUGUGCGCCCUUUCGAUUGGCUCGAGGUCGACGGAUGGGCCAGCAAGGGCGGCUCGGAAAUCGGCACCAACCGCGAGCUCCCGUCCGAGUCUGGCAUGGAACUGAUUGCCAACUUGAUUGAGCUGUACGAAUUCGAUGCCUUCUUCAUCGUUGGCGGUUUUGAGGCAUUCCAUUCCGUCUCGCAGCUACGCAAGGCCAGAGACGAGUUUCCGUCGCUUUGCAUCCCCAUCUGCCUGCUCCCGGCGACCAUCUCGAAUAACGUCCCCGGCACCGAGUACUCUUUGGGCUCCGACACUUGCCUCAACGAACUGGUCUCGUACUGCGACAAGAUCAAGCAAUCGGCCUCUGCCACUCGUCGGCGCGUCUUCGUCAUCGAGACGCAGGGAGGUCGAUCCGGAUACAUAGCAACCCUCAGCGGACUCAACGUGGGCGCCACGGCGAUAUAUAUUCCAGAGGAAGGCAUUAGCCUCGAGAUGCUCAACGCAGACGUCAUGAACCUCAAAGAGGUCUUCAAGAACGAUAGGGGCCAGUCCCGUGCCGGCCGCCUGAUUCUCGUCAAUGAAAAGGCCAGCAAAGUCUACGAUGCCAAACUGAUUGCGAGCAUCAUCCGAGACGAGGCACACGAUCGCUUCGAGAGUCGGGAGAGCAUCCCCGGCCACGUGCAGCAGGGUGGCGUGCCCUCCCCGAUGGACCGCUGCCGCGCAGUCCGACUGGCCAUCAAGUGCAUCCAGCACCUCGAAGACUUUGGCCGCAACGCACACAACAGGGUGAAGAAAGAUCCCCACAGCACAACCGUCAUCGGCAUUCGGGGGUCCGAAGUCGUCUUCACCCCGAUGAAGGAGCUGGAGGAGGAGGGGACGGACUGGCCGAACCGCCGCCCAAAGGUGGCGCACUGGCUCGACAUGCGCGAGGUGGCGGACAUUCUGGGUGGCAGGCCGCCGUACCCAAAGCCAGAGAAGAGCCUCGUGGGCCUGGUCGCCAAGGAUGUGAAGCGCGGCCUUACAUGA